AAAGAACGAAUCAUCUUUUACCAAAUCGAUUACUCGAUUCCAUUUCUCAGUCCUGUCUCUUCCUUCUCAUCUUCUUCCUCAACUAGCUGCAAUUGUUCAUCGUAGCGUCAUCGUUUCUCUUUCCUGUUUUCUUUUCGGAAUAUAUGGAGGAGCUGCCUCAGCAGUUGAGCGGCGGUGGCGGCCCAGCGACGGCGGAGGGUAGCAAUUUCCCCUACCUGCCCUCCUUCACCGCCGCGUCGUCGUCGUCGGCGGCGACAGCGGCAGCGGCUGCCGUCUUCCGUGACCCCGCGGGGAAUAAUAAUAAUAAUGAUGAUCAUGGUUACUACUACCCCCACCACGACCACGCCUACUUCCCUCCCCCGCCGCCGCCGCCGUCUCAAGACGGAAUGAAGGCGAAGAUCAUGUCGCACCCGCAAUGCUCUACCCUUAUCGCCGCCUUCAUCGACUGCCAGAAGGUGGGAGCGCCGCCGGAUGUGGCGGCGCGGCUCUCGGAGUUGUCCCGGGAACUCGACACGCGGUUGAGCCGUCGUCGUCGAGGAGGCUCCGACGACCCCGAGCUCGACCAGUUUAUGGAAGCGUACUGUGACGUUCUGGUGAAGUACCGGGACGAGCUAAGCCGGCCGCUACAAGAAGCCACCGACUUCCUCAAGAGCGCAGAAUCCCAGUUCAACGCCCUCACCAACGCCGCCGCCUCUUCUUCUUCCCGGCCCUUGUCUUACUCUGAGGAGCAAGAGGAAGAUGCUGCGUCCUCGGAAGAGGACCUUGAUCCAACCAGUCGAGAAGCUGAGCGACUAACGAUGGAUCCGCGCGUAGAGGACAAAGAGCUGAAACUCCACCUUCUGAAAAAAUACAGUGGCUACUUAAGCAGCCUUAGGCAAGAGCUCUCCAAGAAGAAGAAGAAAGGGAAGUUGCCAAAGGAAGCCCGGCAGAAACUACUCAAAUGGUGGGAGUUGCACUACAAGUGGCCGUAUCCAUCGGAAUCUGAGAAGAUUGCCCUGGCCGAGUCGACCGGCCUUGAUCAGAAGCAAAUCAAUAACUGGUUUAUAAACCAAAGGAAGCGGCAUUGGAAGUCAUCAGAGGACAUGCAACUCAUGGUGAUGGAGGGCUUUCAGUACCCCCAUAAUGCUGCUACCUUGUGUAUGGAAGGGCAAUUCAUGGGAGGUGAUCAUCACAGCCUCUAUGGCCUCGGCCCCUAAGUUAUCGAAGCUUCCUAGCUAGAUGCGAAACUGAUGAAAACGUGUCGAAACUCAAGCUCUGGAUUUCAUGUUCAAGUUCUAUACAUUGUAAUUGAUCUGGCCACUCUUGAAAGUAUUGUUAGUCAGGUUGAACUGUGACUGAUAGUUUCAGUUUCUCAAUGCCACAAAUGUAAGAUACGAGGGGAAUUGUCUGUAUAUGUUGCACUGUUGUGGACUUUGCUAACUAUACCAUCUUAGGAAGUUGGAGUCCAUGUUUAAUAUCA